GUUUUGCCAUGUUCCAUCAAAAUACAGCGAUAACUGCAACCGUUCACAGUCACGGUUAUCGAUCAUCUCUUCUUCAUCGAUAAGCGAUAACCGGCAAAGCGAAUAACGAUAAAUUCUCAAAGCGCUGUGCAGUUUGUUUGUAUUUAAUUUGAGUUGGUCGCUAAAAUAUUAGGGAAGAUGUCGCGGAACGUGACACUGUCGGAUGAGCAAAGCAGGCUGAAUGCGCGUCUGGAGGCGCACAUGGUUUACAUAUGUCCGGAAUGCGGCAAGGCCUUCCGCACUCAGGCUGAGUGGCGACAGCAUCUGAACACGAAACACGACUAUCUAAAGAAGACUUACUCGGACUUCAACUUUAUUCAGAUCGACGAGCGCUUCCACGAGUGCCAGUUGUGCUUCAAGUGGGUGGAAAACGCCCACAAGACAAUCGCGCUGUUGCAGUACCACUACUUCAUGCAUCUGGAACACAGUGAGACCUACCGGUGCGUGCACUGUCGUAUGGCGUACACGAGGCGCCGGGCUCUGAAUGUCCACCUACUGGACACGCACAUGCGGGAGAUCGAGAAGUACGAGAACAAGCUGCGCCAGAUGAAGCGGCAGCAGACUGCGGCAGCAACGGCUGGAAAUACAGAGAAGCCGACGGGCGCGAGGCCGCGAGGGCGUCCCAAAGGUUCCGUGAACAGAAAGCAAAAUGAUCUGCUGCAAAAGGCACUGAUGGACAUUGAUCUGAACACAGAAUUGGAAAAGUCCCCAACUCGUCCAGUUGCAGCACUAGCAGCUCCUGUAAAUGCACCCAAGACCAUUUCAAAUGUCAGUGAGCAGAAUCUAGACAGGUGUUUGAAUGCCUACGAGGAUAUCGUGCGCAAGGAGGAGAAGGAGGAUGAGGUGCCGAAGUAUGACGACGAGUUGGAUGCCCUUUGUAAGGAGUUUUUUGAUGAUGGCACCACGGCCGGCAAAGUUAAAGCUGAUGAGGAGCGGUCGCAAGACGAGGCGCACCUGCAGCAAGGAAAUCAGGAGGUGGUCAUCAUCGAGAUCGAUGCACUCGGCAAGGAGGAAGUGGCCCAGUUAAAGAAGGAAAUGAAAUCGGAUCCAGUAAGUAAACCGGCUAAACGUCGGCGCCUGUCAACGACGCCCAGCCGCGACUCCGACACGGAAAUGUCCACCAACGGCCUCACGAAGCUCAUUUCGUACUUGUGUCCAAAGUGCGGCAAAGAGAUCGCCUCGAUGGACGGGUGGCGGGCACACGUAUUCAAAAAGCACGACUUUGAGCACAUAAUCGAGAACAGUUUUAAGAUCCUGGAGUCCGGCCGCAAGGCCAUGUGCCUGCAGUGCCGCGAGGUGCAACCAACGACCGUGCGCUCACAACUGCAGAAGCACUGCUUCAAGCAUCUGCCUUACCGGUCCUACCUCAAGUGCACACUCUGCGACCGCACUAAGACCAGCACUUCAAAGAUCCUCAACCACAUUCGGUACAACCACCAGGAGGAGCUGCAGCGUAAGAACAAGAUGCAGCUGCUUAUUAAGCCGGAGCCUAUGUGGGCCAGUCCCAAUAAGUCCGUUCAGGCGGCCAUGGCGGAUGACGACGGAUCCGACGACGAUCAGGGCGAGCAAGCUGUGUGCGAGCACUGUGACAGAGUGUUUCGGAGCAAAUGGCGUUAUGAAAGACACAUUGCCGCUUGCAGGAGAGCCGGAGUAAGAAAGCCAGUCGAAGGGACCGUUGAAGCUAUGUUGAACCACCUGCGAGAAGGACACAUGCGAAUGAACACAAUCUGGAAGGCAAUGCAACGUGAAAAGCCUUAGGUAUAGUCUAGAAAGUUAAGUCGGUCUAUAAUGGAAAUUAUCCACAUGUGUAAAAUAUUCGUGUUCAAAUUCUCUUGUGUUAAGAAAAGGUCACAAUUAAAUCGUAUGACUUACAUGCAUGCGGAACAUG